AUGAAGAUAGUAACACAUUAUGCAGGCAAGGUCUCCGCAUAUAGCUUAGUCGCAUUACCUGCAAUGCUGCUGGCCAAAUCGGAAGACGAUGUAUCAUCCAAUCCAAUUCUCAAAGUGUGGCGACGUCUGUAUGAAUAUGGUCACGCAUACGGCCCAAAGGCGGCGGCGGUGACUUCCACCGCGUUUGCAUAUCUAGCAUGGUCUGCGAGCGAUCAGCGCACCGGCUCUCCUACUCCCAUGAUUAUGCACAGCGCGGCUGCUUCAUUGGUGCUGGGUAUCGUGCCCUACACGAUCAUCUGUAUCGGGCCUACAAACGAUCGCCUUUCGGAAAGAGCGGCUGGCAAGGAUGCGUCGGUCUCUGCCUCUGACAGAUCAAAUGAAGAGAGCGACGAACAGCUUCUCCGUCGCUGGGUGGUGCUCAAUGGAAUCAGGGGCUUGCUGCCUUUGGCAGGUGGUGUUUUGGGGUUGUUGACCGCCCUCAACUAA